AUGGUCCAGCAACCCCCUUCCGCCACAGCCCCGGUUCGCGAGACCAGGGCCCCGGCGUCAGUCACCAACACCGGCACAUCCAACGUAUCCAGCAUCCAGUUUCGCACUCAGUUCAGCAUCCACCUCAGCGAGCAGAACUCCGAGGAAGACACCUGCGACUACAAUAGGCACCUCACGAACAAGAAGGCUGAAACGGGAAGCACUUGGGGCGGCCUCAGCGCGUGUGAGAGGAGUGUUUGCGCAGAGGGCUGCCAGCACACGGCCCCCAGUGACUACAGCCGGUAG